GGGGGCCGCUCCGCGACGCUGCGGACCGCACUUCUCCUCUGAGCGGCGGCGCGCGCAGCUGUGGGGCGCCGGGGGCCACCACGUCCAUGACCAUGGGCGACAAGAAGAGCCCGACCAGGCCAAAAAGACAAGCAAAACCUGCGGCAGACGAAGGCUUUUGGGAUUGUAGCGUCUGCACCUUCAGGAACAGCGCCGAAGCCUUUAAAUGCAGCAUCUGCGAUGUGCGGAAAGGCACCUCCACCAGGAAACCUCGCAUCAAUUCUCAGCUGGUGGCACAGCAGGUGGCACAGCAGUAUGCCACUCCACCUCCCCCUAAGAAGGAGAAGAAGGAGAAGGUGGAAAAGCCAGACAAAGAGAAACCUGAGAAAGACAAGGACAUUAGCCCCAGUGUCACCAAGAAAAACACCAACAAGAAAACAAAACCAAAGUCUGAUAUUCUGAAAGAUCCUCCCAGUGAAGCUAACAGUAUACAGUCUGCUAACGCUACAACAAAGACCAGCGAAACGAAUCACAUCUCAAGGCCCCGGCUGAAGAACGUGGACAGGAGCACCGCACAACAGUUGGCAGUAACUGUGGGCAACGUCACCGUCAUUAUCACAGACUUUAAGGAAAAGACUCGCUCCUCCUCUACAUCCUCCUCCACAGUGACCUCCAGUGCAGGGUCAGAACAGCAGAACCAGAGUAGCUCGGGGUCAGAGAGCACAGACAAAGGCUCCUCCCGCUCCUCCACGCCAAAGGGCGAUAUGUCAGCAGUAAAUGAUGAAUCUUUCUGAAAUUGCACAUGGAAUUGUGAAACUAUGAAUCAGGGUAUGAGAUUCAAACCCUCCACCUGCCCAUGCUGCUUGCGCCCUGGAGAGUCUUCUGUGGACGACCUUGUAGUGAUGCUACCAGGAAAGGUUCUGCUUGCCGUGGGCAUCUGGCUACCAAGGAAUUUCGUACCCUGACAGUUACUCUUGACACUUUUAUGUAUUCCAUUGUUUUAUAUGAUUUUCCUAACAAUCAUUUAUAAUUGGAUGUGCUCCUGAAUCUACUUUUUAUAUAAAAAAAAUCUGCUGUGCACAAUUUUCCAUGUACAUUACAACUGGUUUUCUGGUUUCUGUUUUGUUGAAGAGGGUUGGGGGUGGGAGGGAACUUUUAUUUAUUGUGUUCACAGACUCCAUCCUGUCAGCAUAUCCUCUUAAAUUUAGUUCUUUCUUCCAGCUAUACUCUGUACUAUCAGUUUUGAUAUAACUAUAUAUAUAAAUAUAAAAUUAUAUAUAAAGGGUUAUUUGAAACCAAUCCAUGGCAACGCUGGUGCUUGAUACACUGUGAAGUGAAUACAACAUUGAACAGUUGACACAGAUCUGGGACAGUCCCUUCUAUGAAAGUGCUGAAAUAUAAUUAAAAUCAGUCUUACAUGAAGUAUGUUCCAACCUACAUGGGAACUUGACUCUCUCAUCUGUCUUUAAGAGUACUGGAUGAUAUAAAAAAUAUAUUUUUUAAAAAAUGUGAUCUCAAAUUUAAAGACUGCUCCAGAUAGUCUGCAUUUGCGAUGGGAUAAUUGACAAAUCACAAGUGGUUCAGUUGGAGGGCUUUGACCAUUCGGAAGUAACAAAACUAGCUCCAGAAUGCCAAGUAUUCGUGUAAAUUAUGGUUACAUGUUAAUGUUGCUGUUUUUAUUAAGCACUCAUGAAAAUACGGUGUUCUGUAUCUCGAAUUCCGGCCCUUUUCCAGACCUCUGCUCAUGCCUGAGGUAUAUCUAGCAGCUGUCUCUUAGUUCUAGGGUGUCGGUAGUGCAUUUUUAAUCCUCACCAAGUAGGGAAGCAGUCCCGUUUCUACUUCUCCUGUGAUACUGCAGUGGUGGAUUUUGUGAUCAUGGCCAGUUUGCCCCCUCCCCUCCCCCACCCCUUCCAAAUCCUCAUUCUACCAACGCAGUUGAUAGUUUGUUUCUUCUUAAAACCUGCUGUGGUUCAUUUUACUAAACAAGGGUUAUCAACCACACACCCAGAUCUGACACAGAGCUCUUCCCAUCUCUGAAGUGAUUUCUCAGCUCCUUGUGUGGGAAAGGCCUGCAUAUGCGAAUUGCAGGGAAAGCUCACCUCCCAGGAGAGUGAAUAUAUAGGUGGUCUUUGUCUUCUCAACAAGAGAACGCUUGACUGAACUUUCAAAUUUUUCUUUUCACUUUUUACCAUUUGGGGGGGGCAGGCAGGGGAUAAUCAAAGGCCACUGAUAACAAUUUAUCACCCUAUCUCACCUCAAGCUCUGGUGGUUCUGCUUUGCUCUUAGAUUCAGGGUAUCUAUAUCUGACUUUACCUUCAUAUCCACUGAGUUUGUAGUACUUAAGUCACUUUAAGCAUGAGAACGUGGUGUUAACCUUCCUUUAUUUUAUCACACUCUAAGGACUCAUGGGAGAGCUUGUAAGAAGACACCACAUCUUGGUGUCAAGAACCAGGUUUGCUUAAUAACAGAACUGAUUUCUAUCUGUGGAGGCAACAAGUUAAGAACAUUAACAGCUUGAAUUGAGUAGCCAACAGGAACGGUUCCAUUCACAUUUACAUUAAAACCAGUCAUUUGAUGCGCCGUAGUUCUGUCCGCAAAGGCAGUGCUAUUUGUCAAUGGGCUCCUGUUCUCAGACGCAUGGACAAUGCUCCCCUCUUUUUAAAACGGUGCUUGUGUCUGGGAUGCAAGCUGUACUUACCUUUUUAAAUACCUUUUUAAAGUAUUUAUUAAUGAACCAAAGGAAAUCAGGUGCUUUCUGUAAGCAUCAGAAUAUAUUAAUACAUAGUGAUUUGACUAUGAAUUUUAAAUCCACAUUUUAAUAUUAGUGGGGUAUUGCAAAGACAUUCCUUCUAAAGUUUUAAUAUUCCUUUUAUUAAGGGUCUCAGGGAGGGUUAAUUAGUCAGCCAUAUUUAUUUUCCAGAGGUAUAAGGAAUUGCUAAGUUUUUUAAUUAACUUUUUAAAAAAAAAUUAAAUGCCACCAAAUUCAUGUGGAUUGCACUGCUCUUUGAACCAAUAAGUGUUGGUAUGCACUUUGUUCAGAAACACUGUGUACUUUUUCAAAAUGAGUUUCAUGUAAAGUGAUUGGACCCCCUAGAUUAGUGGAAAAGGCUGAUUUGCCAGCUCCUCAUGGGCUACUAAUUCAUUCAUCGCCAGUGUCUUGGUUUUUCAGUUUUGCCUCCGUGAUAAAAUAAAUUGAGAGGUGAAGGGAGGGAAGGACCGCUUCAGAACAGGUGGAGUGAGCUUGCCUUGAGGCAGAAUCUGCAGU